GAUGUCACGGGCUCCCCCGAGCUAGUCUGGCACCGAUCGAGGCCACUUGGUCGCCGCCGCCGCCACAACACGUCGCUCUCCGGUCAAACCAUGGACCGCGCCUAGGCGGCAUCGCACCUUCUCGGCACUCGUGCGUAAACGCCGUCGGUCGGAGGCGAGAGAACCGAAUCCUGCGCGCGGGAAGAGACAGCGAGAUAUGUCAGUGGAUGAUGCUCCGGCGUUGCUAGGCCUAGCCGCCGCCGAGCCGAGCUCCUACUGACCUAGCGACCGCCAGUGGAGAAGUGCUUAGCCGCACAGGCUCGCCGGUCACUGCUGCUGCUGCUGCUGCGUGCGUGCGCGCGCGUGUGUGUGUGUGUGUGCGUGCGCGCGCGCCGCCCCGCUCGCUGUUGUACCCUCUCUCUAUUUCGCGCUUUCCUUCCGCUCUUCUCGUUAUCUAUCUCUUGGCGCUCUCCCCCUCCGCUUUCGGGCCGUGUGUGCGCGUGUGUGUUUGUGCCGCGGGGAUCGUCUGCGAGCAGACGGAGAAGGGGUGUGCGCGCGCGGCGGUGUCAAGUGUGUUUUGUGCGAUCCCAUAAACAAGAGCAGCGCGCGCGCUCCGACGGCCGCUGCCGUGGAUCUCCUAAACCGAGUGGCGGCGACCCCGACGUCACUAUCGUCCGCCAGUGGUUCUUGCGCUACCGCUUCGGCUACCGAUACCGUGUGGUGCUCGACAAGCUCGUCGCCGACAAGCAUGGCCGAUGAAGAUGUGGUCUUCGACGACGUCUACGAGAUGCACGAGUUCAUCGGAAAGGGCCCCUUCAGCGUGGUGCGCCGCUGCGUUCACAAGACGACGGGCCAGCAGUUCGCCGUCAAAGUCGUCGACGUUGCCAAGUUCACCUCCUGUCCCGGACUCGGCACGGAAGACUUAAAGCGAGAAGCCACCAUCUGCCACAUGCUCAAACAUCCGCACAUUGUUGAACUUUUAGAAACAUACAGCUCCGAGGGAAUGCUCUACAUGGUGUUUGAGUAUAUGGAAGGGGCAGACUUGUGCUUUGAGAUUGUGAAAAGAGCCACCGCAGGAUUUGUAUACAGCGAAGCUGUGGCCAGCCACUACGUUCGGCAAAUCCUGGAGGCACUCCGGUACUGUCACGAGAACGACAUAAUCCACCGGGACAUCAAGCCUCACUGCGUGCUCCUCGCCACCAAGGAGAAUUCGGCACCCGUAAAGCUGGGCGGAUUCGGGGCCGCCAUCCAACUCGAGUACGACUACAUCUGCUCCGCAGAGAAAGAGAUUUCUAAGUACGGGGAAAACCUAAGCCUUGCAUGCCGGCUAUACUGCAAAUGUGACUUGCUAGGUCGCAUCGGGACGCCGCACUUCAUGGCCCCCGAGGUUGUGCAGCGGAAGCCGUACGGCAAGCCCGCCGACGUGUGGAGCUGCGGCGUGCUGCUCUACGUGCUGCUCACGGGCACCUUGCCUUUCCUCGGCACCAAGGAACGCCUGCACGAGGCCAUCUGCCAGGGAAAGCUGAACCUCACCGGUCGGCAGUGGGACCAAAUCAGUGAGUACGGAAAGGACGUCAUACAGCGAAUGCUCUGCAUCGACCCCCAGGAACGGUACACCGUCCAGGAACUGCUCAACCACCCUUGGCUCAGGGAUCGGGAUCACUGUGCACCAAGGGAACACCUCCAGGAAACGGUGGACGAACUGCGGAAAUUCAACGCCAGGAGAAAGCUCAAGGGUGCUGUGCUAGCAGCCGUGUCUUCCCCAAAAUGGACGAGUUUCUACAGUGACCCAGCCUUAGACACAGCUUUAGACCAAGGCAUUGAGGAAGAAGUGACUGCCAUAGGAGCGGUGUCCACGGUUCUGGAUAGCCUCGACGACAUCCACUGCUUGACCGACUGCUCCGAGCGGGACCGAGACUUCCUGCUGAGCGUCCUCGAGGACUCCCAGCUACACGCUCUGCUGGACUUGUACGACCGCAUCAACACGAGCUCGUGCAGCCCCAUCAAGUGCCCCCCGUCGGACGCCUGCGGCCGGGCGAGAGACGUGCUGGAGUGGAUCCAGGACUGCCCGAUGGGGACCACGCCGGAGAUGGAAGAGUUGCAGGCCAUACUGUGCAAGCCGCACGUGCGGGCACUGCUUCAAGCUCACGAUGUGGUUGCGCACGAGGUGUACAGCGAGGAGGCGAUUCGGGUGACACCACCACCGCUGACACCCUUUCUCAACGGCAACCAGGAGGCAGGUGGCAGCGAGGCCGGCGACAUGGAACAGGUCACCCGCGUGCGCCUCGUCCAGUUCCAGAAGAACACUGAUGAGCCAAUGGGCAUCACCCUGAAGCUGGACGAGGACGGACGGUGUAUUGUGGCUCGCAUCAUGCAUGGUGGCAUGAUUCACAGGCAAGCCACUCUACAUGUCGGGGACGAAAUACGUGAAAUCAACGGCAUCAGCGUUGCCAACCAAACUGUGGAGAGUUUGCAGAGAAUGCUCAGGGAUGCACGGGGCAGCGUCACCUUCAAGAUUGUGCCCAGCUACCGCAGUGCCCCGCCACCGUGUGAGUAUUUCAGGAUUAACCCCCCGCCUGUUCUAAUAUACGUUCGUGCCCUAUUCGACUACAACCCUCUGGAUGAUGACCUCAUUCCGUGUGCACAAGCUGGCAUUCCAUUCCAGACAGGGGACAUUCUACAGGUGAUCAGCAAGGACGACCACAACUGGUGGCAGGCCAAGAAAGAGACGGCCGACGGUACGGCCGGGCUCAUUCCCUCGCCCGAACUCCAGGAGUGGCGGAUGGCUUGCAUCGCCAUGGAACACGCGAAGAACGACCAAGGGGUGAACUGCUCCAUCUUCGGCCGCAAGAAGAAGCACCUCAAGGACAAGUACCUGGCCAAACACAACGCAGCGUUCGAUCAGCUGGAUGUUGUCACCUAUGAGGAAGUUGUUCGGCUCCCAUCCUUUCAUCGGAAGACACUUGUCCUGCUGGGAGCCCACGGUGUAGGCCGAAGACACAUCAAAAACACCCUCAUUGCCAGCUACCCGAACAAAUAUGCAUAUCCCAUUCCACACACGACGCGUCCUCCGCGCAAAGGUGAAGAGAACGGGCGCAGCUACUUCUUUGUGUCGCAUGAGGAGAUGGUGUCGGACAUUGAGUCGCACGAGUACCUGGAGUACGGCACCCACGAGGAUGCCAUGUACGGCACCAAGCUGGACACCAUCCGCAAGAUCCAUGCCCAGGGGAAAGUUGCCAUCCUCGACGUCGAGCCACAGGCACUGAAGAUUCUUCGCACUGGGGAAUAUGCACCAUAUGUGGUCUUCAUAGCAGCACCUUCCUUAACAUCUAUGCAUGACGUUGACGGGAGCCUCGAGCGGCUAGCCAAGGAGAGCGACCUCUUGCGCCAGGCGUACGGCCACUUCUUCGACCUGACAGUGGUGAACAACGACAUCGAGGAGACCAUUCACACGCUGGAGACCACACUGGAGGCACUGGACAACAGCCCUCAGUGGGUGCCAGUCUCCUGGGUGUACUGACGAGCCGACAAGGGGGGCGCCGACACCCCUCAUUGACUAUUCCGCUUCCGGUGACGCCAUUGCCGCUGCAGCUGUGGCCGCGCCCACAUCCACUGGGAAUGGCAAAUCCAAAUCAGCCAGCCGUAUGUCAUUGUGCCACACUGACGGGGCCUCACUCACUCUGCUCGGCGUCACGAAGACAACAGCUACAGUGGCGCCAUCUGUGCCACCAUGCUCUGGAAAAGAGCAGAAUGCUGCAACUGGGCUGCAGAAAUGCAAUGCUUUUCCGCAUAUUUUUCCUGCCUGCUUUUAAAAAUUUUUCAUUCACUUAGUAAUUCGAUGCUUUCUCAGAGGGGAGAAUGAAACUUAGAAGAUACAAGAGGGCCAUCUUAGUAUUGUCACGUUAAAAUGGCAGCUCUGGGAUGUUGGCCUUGGUGUUCUAUUAAGCUAAUUCUCUCGGCAUAUGAGCUUUCUUUGAGUUAAGGACUUGCAUUUUGCUGAACAUGCUUCCUUGCUGUCACCAAAAUCUCUCUAUGGAUAAGGCCAUUUGAAUCACUCUUUCGCAGUGCAGACUGUGACAGCAUCGCUCGUGCUUGUUCAUUCCACCUAAAUGUAAGCUUUAUAUUACCACACCGGCAAUAUUACUUACAGUAGAACCUUGUUGAAAGAAUCCGGUUUUGUAUGAUUUCCUGGUGUUUGCAUUCACUAUUGAGAACUCAAAAAAUGACCCAAUACAGUUGCACUUCAUUUUUACCAAUUAAUAUGUUCCCAGAAAAUGUGAUCUUUUGCAUCAACGUCCAGUACAUCACCAAAGUGCUAUCGUAUGAUACAUUUCCCGGCUGCUAGAUCCCCUGUGAACGAGAAAAAAAUGUGAGGCAUGCGCUAUCGAGAGCAGUACCUAGGCGCUCUCCGUGGCAGCUUCCCCACUGUAAUUGCCUGCCAGUGUCGCGUGAAAAUGCCGGCACGCGCUCAGUUUCCUUUGCCAAUACCAACAAAUUUUUUCGUGGAUCGUCGCAGGUCGCAUUCACGGCUGUUGCCUCCAACCCUAUUGCGAUAAGCACCUUCACCUAUCGAUUCCACACUAUGUGGCGCAGUGCCAUUGGAAGCGUACUGCAUGCUUUUAAUAGGUGAAACUCAAGCUCGUCGCCGAUCCCUAGUGCAGCCGCACGAAGUGAGCUUCAUGUUUCACUCUAGUGGCAUUUUAUUCCAGCGUCGCGCACCAGCUUAGUUUCAUUUUGGUUUCCCGUCGCCAUCUUAAAACGCUACACAAUUGUAAAAUGACAAGCCGCGUCUCGGGUCGCUCGGGCCCUGCCAGCCCGAUGCGCAUCAGCGUCUCAUGAUGCAAUGGUUCACAUCAUGUGGAUGUCAACUACAAUUGAGUCUGCCAAAUUUUUUAGUGACGUUGGAUAGGAUGUUUUCCUGGUUAGUAUGUUUCCUUGUCGCAGAUUUUUCCAAAACGUAAGAACGAGGUUCUACUGUACUGUUGUUAUUAGUCCGAGUGUUAGCCAGAUCCCCUUCAUGAAUGCAUAUUAAGUCAUCUGAUAACAUAAAUGCAAGUUUGUUGUUUCAAACCAGGCCACGGCAGUUGCAUUUUGUAAAAGCACUAGUACUUAGGUUUAGGUGUGCUUCUUAAAGAACCCGAGGAAGUCAAAAUUAUUCCGGAGUCCUCCGCAAUAGUACCUUUCAUUGCCCCACUUUGCUUUGGAAUGUAAGAAGUUAGAAGCCAUGAAUCUUGAAUCAGUCACAACUUGUACAUUAAAGUUCCUCUGUGACUAAAUGGCACGAAUGAGCUGCUGCUUACAACAAAUAUUUUAGCUGCGGAACAAGUAAUGGGGGGGUUCUGAUCAAUAAACCGCAGUUUUACUUGUUCCAUGAUGAUUACUGCAUUUUGGUUGUUCCUGUUUCCAGGAAUCUAGCCUUUUAGUUUGGGUUUCCUUGUAAUGAUUUUUGCUUUUGCCUUUAGGAGGCAGCUCACUUCACCCACCGUUGGCAGUAAAGAUGCUAUAAGCAAAGGUAUUUUAUGUUAACGUGCAAUGAAUUUAUGUAUUUUAGCACCUCGUUGUCUAUCACAUGCUUCCCAACCAACUCUUUAUUUUGUUUUUCAUCUCAUAGCUAUAUUGGCAUCAUUGUUGACAUGCGAAAUAAGAAAAAAAAAAGAUUUAUUUUAGAAUCUUAUGCAAUUUUUUGUGUAGAUUUGCUUUCAAAAUACAAGUAUGAAAGGUUUGUGAAGGUUACACUGGCAUUUAGUGCUAGUCAUUUAAGCUAUUUCACUUGACUUAAUUUUUAGUACUAUUGUUUUCAAUAAUUUAAUGCUCACAUAUACUUAAGAAAAAUACAGCUGCCAGACACUAUGUAAUGUAGACUUGUGGAGUAUUCUAUUCAUUCCUUUGGCAGGAGGAGGUCAGAUUAGUGGGAGGACUAGUGGAGAGAAUGAAGGACAAACAUCAAAUGUUGAAUUUCUUGUUUGUACUGGUGUCAUGAAUUGGGUGUCACUUUUUGAGUACUUGGGCCAUUUCCACUGGGAACAGCAGUUAUAAGCUAUGAAACAGGCCGAUUAUAUUUGUUCAUUCAACAUGCUUUGGUCCAGCAACUAUGCAUUAAAAAAAAAGAAGAUAUCCGAACUUUUGAGUGGCACUGCAACAACAAUCUCAGCAUCAAUCCCUCGCCUCUUGGCACCAAUAAUAGAACAACUGUUUAGAGAACUUCUCCAUGCAUAAAAAUACUUUAGAAAUAGUCAGUGUUCAACUGCCAACUCUCAGUUUUUUGCUUUUCAAAUGUUUCAUGUUUCCUGUCCAUCCUUUUUGCCAAAUAGAUUUCACAACUUUUUGUAAAUCAGUGACAGUAAAACAAAAUAUGCCAUGGAGCGAAUCAAAUUGCCACUGUAGCUUGAGGGAAUUUAUGAGCUUCUAAGGACUGUUUUGCUAUGCCAAUUCAGACAUUCCAGAAAGCACUUAACUUUGGAGUCCUCGAUCGUACAUUCUUCACUUUGCCAUGUAUGAUGAAGCACCACGUGACUGAAGGUCACUUUAACAAACUCUCAGAACAGUGAACAGUGUCACCAUCCCCCCACACUGAUGGCAUGCUCACAUACUGACAUCUCGCUUGAACAAAUUUCUACAACUUCAUGAGAUCCCUUGAGGUUUGCUGCACUGAAGCUUUUCAGCUUGCAUAAAGACUGAAGGUUGACAGGAGAUCCAUUGAUGCAUGCUUUGAAAACUCGCACACAAUAUUGUGAAUUAAGCUGCUAUAAGCAGAAUAGCAUGCCAAUACAAGUUAAUCAGACGCUUUGUGUUGCAGAAUGCUAGCCAGUAAGGUAUCCUUUUUUUUGUGCGUCUUUUCUUUCUUUCCCCCUCAAGCAUCUCAAGUGCUGACUCCAUACUAUUCUCUAUUGCCGAAAACAUUUCGCCUCGAGUGAUGAGAGUCUCAAAGCAUUGCAUUUCUGCCGCCUUGGUGUGCACGGAAAUAGUUCAUCGACAGCGCGCUGCAAUACGAAGACCGACUAGGUGCAAUGACAUCGAUUCCCCAAAACCGCGACCACCAGAGUGCCUCCAUAUGUUUCUAUGUGACUAGUGACUUUGCGGACUUCUUUAUCAAAACGGGGUUGGAGGGCAUGGAUGACUGCCUGCUCACCGAUCCCGCAAUGCCUUGCUUGCUCAGGCCAGAGGGGCAUCCCGGCAGUGAACUGGCCAAAGUUUAUGGAAAUCAAGGAAAGCGGUGCGGCAGUACAUUGUACGAACUGUGCACUGCUCCGUGGCAUCGCUCAUGUACUCUCGUCAUUAUUUUUGUUGCUUACAAAAAAGGAGUGUGAAUGGAAUGACCUCUUUUUUCUUCUUUUUCUUUAACAGAGUAUGUUUGUUGCUGGUGUUGUCAUUAUUAGACAUGCACGAGCCAGUUUGUCGUUUUAGAAAGUUAGCUCUCACUCAGGAAUCAUGUCAUCCUUUUCGCGCAUCAUUUAUACACUGCGCGAACUGUUGGAAAACAUGUUUCGUCUGUUAAAGACUGCUACUGCAACAGCCUGCUUCAUCCAAAAUGAUCAGAGUGGCAAGCUUACCUCACUCCUUGUGCAAUAUUGUAUGAAAGGUCUUCACGAAGAGGGGCUGUUCUGGCACUUGAGAAAGUGACGGGUUUAGUGGGUGGCAAGUCUUUAGCAUCAAGAUGGAAAUCUUAGUUGGAUGAUUUGGGUUGCUGUAUUUUUGUAUUGCUGGUACCAGAAGUUAUUAAGAAGUACAAAGUGGGGUUGUGGGUUACAUCCACCCACUGUAUUGGUUUAAUGGCUUUGGCAUUUUUUGGCCAAGCUCAAGGUUGCGAGUUAAAUUCGUAGCUGCCAUGGCCACACACCAAUGGGGAGACAGUGUGCGUACACUCGUGUACCAAACUUCGAGCAUGCGUUAAAGAAUCCUAGAUGGUUAAAGUUAAUCCUGUGCCCUACUCUUACAGCACCACUCAUAACUCUGGUGUUGCUUUGGGAUGUUAAGUAUCAUCAGUUAGGGUUUUAGUAUCAACCAUUAGGGUUUUACCCGUUGUAGAAUUGUGUUUGUGGCCGUAGUAACAUUUAGCCAUGAACAUGAGCUUGCGGUAGCACUUUAGGAAGAAGGCAACACACGGGCCAUCAACUGCCGGAUAGCUGGUUUUACCGUUAUCAUUUUACGCAGAUGUGACAGAACUGCUGGCCUCAUCUUCAGAAUUCACUCCUUUCCUUUAGUUACCUGGGAACACUGCCAGUUUCUUUUUCCCACUUUGAGUGAAGCAGGCUGAUGCAGACAAAAGGAGAGGCGCGUGCUUGCUGUUCCGGUGCGUGAAAUCUUAAUAUUGUCUAUAGCAUUAGCGUCUUUUUAUACAGAACUGUACAUUUAUGGUGGGCAGCAAAAACUUCUUUUUCGUAGACCUGUCAAAAUUCUGCACACGGGCCCAGCGCUGCGUCGGCGAGUGAAGUGCAGUUUCUCUUGUUCCAGACUCGUGUAGGUUUAAUGACGCAAUGCACUUACCACUGUUGUUUGUUGCGAGGCUGUUGCGUAGGUGUAGUGAAAAAAAAAAAAGAGAGAAGAAGAGAUGGUUCACGUGAUUCACCUUCUGCUGCUUUAAGGAAUCGAAAACGUCACUGCUACAUAUCAAAAGGUAGCCAACAUGCGAUGAUCUCUUAUGACUUCACUGUUGCAGCUGUUGUUUAUUGCAUUACAUUGACGUGGUGGGUCUUCAUUAAGAUACCUUGUGGAACUUCAAAUAGCAGCCUCGUUGGAGUGUAUAGUGCAUGUUAUUGGCUUUUGAGGCACUACAAAGUAUCGAGGUGUAGCAUAAUGUCAGUUUAUUUUUUACUAUUGCAAGUUGAUGAGGCCUUGAAGAGCCUCACUUUAUUGUCAUAAUUAAGCAGCAUUUUACUGAAUGUUACAGCAGCGUUUUUAUCACCUAUUCAUUUGCAUUCUGUAGCUUGCAGCUUGCAGUUUGCUGACAUCAUAAUGUGCAGCUAGCUGAUGUUUGCCAUUUGUGUUGGGCUUGCUUCGGUUUACAUUUUUUAUCUACCUGAGCUCUACAUAGUGCAUUGCAUAUGUCAUGCAAUUUCAUACCAUCACCAGCGUGCUUGCAGAGACAUGUAUCUUUCACGUUGCAGUUUUAUGCAAUGACUUUUAUCAACAAUUGUGUCAUAUUUGCUUGUUCUUCUCAUUCAUUGCAUUCCUUUUUCUCUUCUUUGCUUGUAUGGCAAUGCCUGCAUGUUCUUACUACAGCCAAGAUAUUGGUCGAUUAACCUUCCAAUAAUUCCAUUACAGAAAUUAUUUGCGAAUAAUUAUUGAGUAAGACAAGUUCUGCAGGCUUGUCUGAAGGUAGCCUGCAUGUUCAAGUAGCUGAGCCUAUUGUGCAGAGGGCAUUGAGUAAACGCCAUUUGCUGGCAGUAAGUCAAGUAAGUUACUGACAAAAAUGCUUAGUCACAUUAUUAAAUAACAAAAUAUUAUAGUGCAGUAACAGUGCAGCUGAGCGACUGUAAACAAGCAAAAUAAGGUUCUCUACUGCUGGAGUGAUUGAAUGUGCUUCUUCACCCCAGCCACCAUAUCCUGUGGCUGUCUGGCAUGACUUCACUUGCAUAGUGUGGAUGUCCUGAGUCAACCAUCAGAUAUGAAAGAAGGAGCUAAUUUUUUUUCCCCAUUUUCUUUAAGGUUAUGCAUAUAAGUAAACAGAACUAAUUAGUGGACUUGUUAACUGGAGCCUUACAGCAAUUGACUCUAAUCGACAUUAAGACUUGGUUAUUGCACAAGUAUGCUUGCUUUUAUUGCGUGUGUCGUGUCCUCGUACGCUGCGUAUCAUAAUCCUGCUGUGUUAUAGCAAAUGUCAUGGGAGUAGGAUGAGAUUGCAUUCUUUCAAAAUUACAUCUGCAAGGCACUUGAAACUGGACAUUUGAAAACCACUUGCAACAUACUUGCAGGCAAGUAGCAUAACUUGGCCAUUGCACAUUUUCAUUAAUCAAGGUCCACGUUUGUUGCUUUCUUCAGCAGCUUUGAUAUGGUAAAAUUUGGCCGUUUUUCCCCCUCUCGUGUGUUAUGCCUCUCACAAUUUGUGUCUUGACUCCACUCUACCGUCAGCCAUGGUGAGAUGGCAUGCAUGGCUGUUAGAAUGUUGUUUUCAGCAAUCAGGGGCAUUAUGUGCAAGUGUUGAGGUCCACAUCCUGUGAUAAGUGUUGGGCCUGUUGUUGCAUCAAGAGUGCAGAAGUGUGGUCGUUUUGCCAGAGCACCCACUUUGGAAUGUACAGGUGCUCGUGCAAGUCUUGGGAACAUGGGAGCCACAAAAUAGCUGAAUUUCCUUGUGGUCUGGCUAUGGUGGGAGUUAUGAGAGAAAAAGAGCAGGAGGAAUUACGGUGCACUCAUUUGUGCAGCCAUGGCUUUCUGUAUUGCAAAAGUGAUAAAGGAAAAAAAAGUUGAUAGUGCACUGUUCCAUUGCCUUCUCAGACAUUUUGUAUGUGUUAUUGCUAAAAAGCACACAACUUUCAUCAUAUGCUGUGUGCCUGCUCUUAGGAGCAUUGCUUAGUCUAUUGAAAGAAGAGAGUAAUUUAGACUGUCAUCUGGGAAACUGGGGCCUCGCAUUUAUGUGACUGAGUGAAACAGUGAAGGCUUCCAUGGUGCACACUGUGCUGCAUGCCUAGACUAGGAAAAAUAUUUCAUUUGUAAUGGCUUACAUGUUCCGGAAACUUUUGCAAGCAUCUGCAAACAAGUUACCAUGGUACGAACAUGUGGGGUCUGGCAGCCUCACAUGUGUUUUGUUUUUACCUGCAGGUCACAAAGUAAACUUGAUCGCUGCACUUACCAUUUGUGCCAAACAAGAGAUCCCACUCUGCUAGCACAUGAGUGGCUAAUCCACAUUUUUUUUUUUCAGCUAUGCAUGCUGUUUACUUCCAGAGUGUUGAUGGAGUAGCAGCAAAUAGUUGCAAUAUAUGUUGUCACUGGGUGUCAAUCAGGUGAUUGUGAGAAUGCUAUUUCUUUAAAAAUCAAUAUUCAAAUGAAAAUGCCUUUUUCUGGUGUCUGCUUUUUAAAAGGCUUUGAAAAUGUUCAGAUAGGGAAUAUUAAUUAUGGGGAUGUCUUUGCACAGAAACACUUUAAUGCACGAUGUGAUAUACCUUCAUCAUUGCAUAGCAGAAGGAAAAUUAAAUUGGGAUGACGAACUAAGAAAGCAGGCUGAAACCAUCGACUACCAGGACCACAAAGGUGAACGCAAAUGUAUUUUGCCGGUGUGAUGUUGGUAAGUGUGAAAAAUGAAAUUAGUCGGGACAGUGUAGGCUUUGCAAUGUCAUUCAUAGCACAGACAUAGUUUGGCUUACUACUUUGUCCUUGAAGCCAUGCUUGCAGCAACACAACAGUGUCCUGUUAUUCUUCUACAUGGAGGCUUCUGUUCAUAUAUAUUUUUAAAUUGGGAGCUCUUAUUAAUCCCAGAUGAUUCCCCUUUUGUGGCCCGCAAGACAAACAUUUCUUUUUUUUUUUUUUUACAUGUCAGAUGUCUCCUGCAUGCUCUGUUAAAAUUCUGUUGAUCGCCUCAGUGGUUCUUAGUGGUUUUUACCACAGAUAGUUAUGCCACAAUGGUGUGGCUUUGUUGCACUUCUGCCAAUGCAGUGUUGUCUGUCUGCAUGUUGUGGGAAGGAGACUGAGGGCUGUAUUCUGGAAGGGUCACUUUCCUGCGAUGCAGUGACUGAUCAGACCAUACGUUUCCAGUAUGUUCUGAUCAGUCGUAUAACAUUACACAUGUCCCACUCUGAUCACACGAUUCAGGUCAUAACUUUUCCUAUAUGGUGUGCUUUUCCUUCUGAAUUAUUCCCUUUUCUUUGUACUCAAUACGUAUCGAUCAGGUUCCACCAGACAUGAAAUCGAUGCACACGGGGGAGUCUGUUCUCCCACAAAUUUCUUUCGUCCCAGUUUCUUCUUCUGGUCGAAGUAGUUGGCAAGCGCCAGGACUGAUGUUGCGGAAAGUGGUCAUUUCGGAGAACAGCUUUAGCCACUGUUGAAUGCUCUCGAAGAAGUUACCUGUUAUCAAGAUCUCUAGCAGCUUUAAUGGGUUGUCAAGGGCUGAGAUUCUGCAGCGUAUGUAAGCAGGUGUGGGCUUUCAUGGUCUUCACAUUGUCAUGCUAGCUUCUUGCUUCCAUUGUUUGCUGGCGGGGACUACUCGAAACUGCUGAUUUUAUUGCUUGUUUUCUGUACGUACAGGAAGAGAGCGCAGCUUUUAUGAAACCUGCUGAGGAAAACUGUUUGGCACUCUCAUUCUAGCACGGCUUAUUAGAAUGUUGGUCGUGCGUUUCACAUUACAUUCCUCUUUGUGUACUUUGGUGUAAUGAAUAGUGCUAUGACUUCAGCUGAGCAUGAUUGCUGUGUAGGCUGUGAAUCAUGCACUGGAAUACAUUAUUUCUUUCUUGUUUUAGCAGAUCUGUGUUUCCAUGCUUAGGCAAAGGGGCUGUGCAGCAUUUUUCUUGAAUGUGCUAUAGCUGAUUAACACUUAUUUCUUAACACUUUGGUAGUAUACAGGCUUGCUUGUGUUGCUACAAUGUUUUUUUUUUUUUUUCAUGUAAACAUGCAAUGAUUGUUGAAAGCAUGCACAUUCCUGCAAAAGGACUUUACUGAUUCCCUCUAUUUUACUUGAAUGAAAAAGAAAUACAGAAAAGGGCAUGUGCAUACUGGUACGAACAAUUGAUGGUUUACGUGACUAGUCAUAAUUCAUCACUCAUUCACAAUAAAAGGCAGUGCUCACAAGGACUUCAAUAAUAAUAAAAAAAAAGAAUAAAUAAAACUGCCUUUUACGUCACAUGUGUGAUACACUACAUACUACAUAUGACCUAAUCUACAGGGUUUACAUAGUUUAGAGAAUUCAUGGGUUAUUAAAUAAAAUAAAUACAACUGUG